UCUCUCUUAGUGACACUUAUCUCACACUAGUGUCUCCUCCAGCCGAGGGGAAGCGGCAUGUUUCUGGCCUGUCACGAAAGCGGCGGGGAAUGGGCCGCAAUGGAGGGGUCAAUGAUUUUCUUUUGAAGCCUUUGAAGCAGAAUUUGACCACUUUUGAUCCCACGAUCUCAACAUUCUCUCGAUGUAACUUAGGAACAUCGGACUCCAGCAAACUCAUCUGAUGCUACAUUAGCCGGAAGCUUUUUUUGUACCUGAACGAUUACUACAUUUAACAAGACACUCAACCUAAAAGUCUCUCCUCGUUUCAUCACGUUACUAUCCCACCGGUCAACUCACCGCCUCUCAGUCUUUGCCUCGGACCAACACUGACGACAAUGUCCCAAAAGCUCAUCGUCGUCGUGGGCGCCACGGGCAAUCAAGGUGGCUCCGUUGCUCGCCGCUUCCUGUCCGCUGGCUACCGCGUCCGCGCUCUCACCCGCGACACCAAAUCUACAUCCGCUACUGCCCUUUCCAGUCUCGGGUCCGAUGUGGAGCUUGUGAGCGCAGACCUUGAAGAUGUCGCCUCCAUCGAAGAAGCAUUCAAGGGCGCGAAUGUCAUCUUCAGCGUCACAAACUACUGGGAGCCCUUCUUCCGACCAGACUGUCGCAUGAAGGCACAGGAGCAGGGCAUUUCCUGCCGGAAGUUCGCGUACGAUGUCGAGUUGCGCCAGGGACGGAAUAUCGUCGACGCUGCGGCCAAGACAGUGGACUCGCUUGACAAGAACGGGUUUUUGGUUUCAACAUUGAGUCACGCUGAGAAAUGUAGUGGUGGGAAAUUCAAGGAGUUGUAUCACUUUGAUUCCAAGGCUGAGGUGUUCCCUGGCUACGUGAACGAAAAGUACCCCGAACUCGCGGCGAAGAUGUCGUGCAUCCAUACUGGGUACUUCUACACAAGCUACAACAUUCUUCCGAACUCAUACUUUGGCAAGAACUCCGAUGGCACAUUCACCAUGGCGUUCACAACCUCUCCUGACAAGCCCGUCCCGCAUUUCUCCCCUGUCGAUGAUAUGGGCAAUUUCACCUACGCCGUUUCCCAAAUGCCGCCCGGCAAGGCUUACAUGGCCGAAGGAACAACUGCCACUUGGCCCCAGUUCCUAGAGACAUGGGCAAAGGUAAAUGGGGUACAAGCCAGCUAUAAGCAAAUCACGCCAGAAGAGAUGAUUGAGGCGACUGGAGAGCGCGACACUGGUAUCGAAGUCGCAUACAUGUUUUCAUAUUCCUCGGACCCAGGUUAUGAUGGCGGCAUGGAUUUGCUGACCGCAGCUGAUCUUCAAAAGGUGAGAGCUGCAACCCUCGAACCCGUGAAGAACGAGGUGCUUUAUUUUCAGAACAGAGAAUUGACUGCUAAUUGCAUAGGCUGGUAUUGAUUGUCCCAUGACGACUUGGGAAGAAUGGUCCAAAAAGAACGAUUGGUCUUCUGUACUAGACAAAUGAUGGCCGCACGGGUCCAUACUUGAAGGAAAUGUGCUAGACUUAGAUCCGAAUCGAGCAAUCCGACGCCCCUGAAACUUCUGACUUUCCUGACUUUGAACAACUAGAACUUUACUUAUCCGCUGACUGAAACGCAAUGCGAACACCGCAUGUGUUGUGUAGGCUCAGCAAGUUUCAUUUAGUAUUGUAGGGUUAGAGCUCAUUCUUCUUUUGUUUAUUCUUUUUCUUAAAUCCGAAAACACCAACAUUCAAAACCAUCAAAACUCCAUGUAUACUGCGACAAUAGUCGCUAAAGCCAUGGCAAACAUUGCUUGACCCCCAGCUGCAGAAACCUCUGACCCCCUGCUCCUCACCGGUUGGGCACCUGAAAGUUGACCCCUCCCAGGUUCCAUGGAUUGCGGGAACAUCAAGACUGUACCGUUACCCGCAUCUCCAACAGGAGCUGUCGUGUUAGGAUCGAUAGUGAACGACGUGUUCGUCGACUCGAAACCUUCACGCCUCCCGACCAGUACUUCGACACUGCGGAACGCCACGGCAGGGGCAUCCUGUGCGAGGAAGUGGCCUGAUGUAGAUACAGCAAGAUAUGUCA